AUGCAGGUCGACACAGCCGCGGUGGCCACAUCCUCACCGCUCUCGUCGCUCGUCUCGUCGUCGGUCCCUUCGAUCGAGCCAGCGCCUCCGGUGGCCGGUGCAAGAGCCAAGGUGACCUACUCGCGCAAGCCACUCGCUCCCGAGAACGAGGCGUCCUCUUCUUCUUCGCAGCCUACCUCGCCCUCAGACAACCUCUUCGACUCGCCUAUGCGAUCCUAUGGGCGCAAAGCAGCCUCGCAUCUCGAUCACGACGCCAACGACGUCACCAUCACCAACGAGGUCUCCCCUGCCACCACGGCUCCCGCUGGCAACUCGGCCAUCAAGAUCGGCGCCUCUUCCCUCUUUCGUCGUGUCGACUCGCACAACUCCCAACACAGCCAAGAUAAUGACCAGCAGCAGAGCUCAACAGAGUCGCCCGCCGUCAAUCGCACCAAAAAGUUCCAGUUCGGCGCGGCUAGGGCUAUCUUUGACUCGGACUCGGAUUCAGAUGGCGAUCUUGGCUCCAAGCUCACAUCAAGACCGCUGGCCGGCAACGCAGACCAGACUGAUGACGAGGUCAUUGCACGCAUCCGUGCUCAACAAGCACGCUAUGCAGACUCGGAUCCCUUCACCGGCUCGCUCUCGUCGGUGCCCCCAUCCAGCUCUCAGGCACAUUCAACCAUGCAGCGCCCUAUGCACGACUCUGGGGACGAGCACAUGGCGGACGACGAUCAAGAUAACAGUGCAAACAUCUCGCGUCCUCGCGGUGGAAAAAUCUCGGCCAUGAGAGGCAAAGGUGGUAAGCCAUCACGCUCCAAGUUCUCCGAGUCGUCCGACAAGGAAGCCAGCGCUGGCUCGGACGUAGACGACGACGAGGUAAAUGCUCGCAAGCCUCGCACAUUUAAGCUGGUCAGCUCCGCCUCCUCUGCCUCGGCUACACCAGCCAAUCAGGACGCAUCGGUCGACGAUGAGCCAGCAUUGACCCGUCGCGACAAGGUGGCCGCCCUUGCUGCCAGGGCUAGAAAGGCGCACGGUGCAGGGGAAGGCGAGAUGGACGCAAAUACGGAAGCUGAUCCACUCCUGGAUGCUUUCUUCGGCGGCGGGAGUCCCGGAAGGAUUCCAUCACGCUCGCCUUCUCUCGACAUCCAGGGCAGCGACGAGGACGAACACAACGACGCCAUGCCAGCAUUCAUGGCGCUAAAUUCCAAGUCUGCAGCAGCAAAAAGCAAGAGCAAGAAGAGCAAAAAGGCCGCACCAGUCGAACGAGAUAUCCUCGACGAUCCUCAAGACGAUCCCAAACAUGCAUCUAAGCGCGCCGCUGCUUCAAAGGAGAAAGGUCCGCCAAAGAUCAAGCCUCUGAGCAAGAAGGAAGUGGACGCGAUGCACAAACAAACUGCCCGUCUCGCACGCGAGAACCGCACUCGACUUGCGCCCGCCCAUCAAAAGAAGACGAUCGGUCUCAACGACCUGCUCAUCAAGAUUUCAGCCGGCGAGGCUUUCCGAGGCCACGCCAGUCAGGCGGCCAGCACCAGCAACAGCGCCGAUGCUGCUUCCGACAGUAGCGCUCAGCCCUCUUCCCAAAUCCCGUCCGGUCAGUCCAAGAGCCAGCACGCUUCUGACCCAAUUGAGUCGGAUCCUAUUCCAGAACGAUCGAGCCCGCAUCCCGCAUACUCAAGCAGUCCUGUCCUGCCCGUAUCGAGGCAGCAGGAUCGCAGACUUGGGCUAGACCAGAGCAGCAGCAACGCAAACAUCUUGCAGAAUAGCGCCGCAGGCCGAGUCGGCGGUCUCGCCACCAAGCAAGGUCCAAACGCGCAAAUGCUCCGGCAGCAGCACCUGCUCGCUGGUGCCGACGACGACGAGGACGCCCAGCUACCUGACCUUGCGUCGAUCGUCAAGCAAAGCCGCGAUCAGCAAGAAGCCGACAAGGACGCUGCGCGCAAGAAGCAGCACCUCCUCGAGAUGAAGCUCCGUCUUCUCGAAAAGUCUCGUCAGCAGGCCUUCGCUUCGAACGAAGCUGCCACCAAGCCCGUCAACGCUGAUGCUGCGGACGGAGACGACCUCGAACUGUACACGCCAGGCUCUGUCCUGGCUGCAAAGCACAACAUCCUCACCACGCCCGGCAAACCGCGGCCUACCGACCAGUUGUACCGAGAAAUCGGGAUCCGCCCGGGCAAGACAUCGCCAAGUCGCAAGUCCUACACCGGCACCAACGCCAAUGGCUCGCCCAACGCCGACCACCACAGCGCCGACCACGUUGAAAUGGCAGACGGUCACGAUGAGCUUCUUGUCACCGACAGUCAACUACGGACUGCUGGCAAGGGUCUGUUCGUCGCUUCUGACAAAGCCGCAGGUCACGUCCCGGCGACGCAACCACCGCCUGUCUCGACACAGCCUUCCGUACAGGCUUCAUCUCGACAAGCUGCGCCUCGCUCAGGUCCGCUCAAGUUGACACAAGCUCAGCUCAAUGCGAACCUGAUGCGCCAAAUGCAGUCUCAGAGCCUCAAGGCUCGAUCGCAGAAGGACGCCAAAGAUGCAAGUGCCAAAGCUGCAGCUGGUUCUGUGGUCGACAAGUACGGACGAUCCGCUGCUCCCGAUGUGCAAGCCAUGCUCCAGCGAUUGGGCGAGACAGCAAACGACCAGGCUAUCGAUCAGACCGACAGAGUGGACGAGGAUGAGGAUGAUCCCGACUACAUCAUGCCACCGGCACGCAACGCCGAGUCUGCCGUCGGAAGCGAUGUCGACAUGGGCAGCGCGAGCGAGAUCGACGAGAACGACGAUUUCAUUGACAUGGGCAGCGCAGAUGAGGGCGACGAGAAUAUGGAUGUCCAGGAAGCUGGCACGCGGGACACUAUCGAGGAAGCCGAUGAGGAGCACGACAGCGAGAAGGAAAACGCACCUCCUCCGGCUAGUCAGCAGUCGCAGCGGUCCAACGCCUCUCCGAGUCUCAGCCGCAGUCUUUUGCCCAGUCGCGCUGUCAUGGACGAUGAUGAGGAUGAGUUGCCUGCUGCGCGUCCACACGCGCGAAGGGGCCGACGCAGCGCCUUGGCGGACGACGACGACGACGCAGACGAUGAAGCCGCUCUGCAGCCGGGUCCCUUCGAUCGUAAUCGCGGCAAUGUGCACGCAGACGAGGCGAGCCAGAGCCAAGGACAUUUCAGAGUCCCGCUCGGCGACAUUUCGAGCCAAUCGAUCGACCAGAGCAUGCCCUUCUCUCGCUCCAACACCACUUCUCCUGCCAUGCAGCACGCUCCCGCACCCCGCAGAGAUCCCCUCGUUGUCCCGCUCAGCGCCGGCCACGACGAGGACGAGUCCUUCCGCACCGACGACAUUCCUUCGCAGGCUGCGUCCCUCGGCCGCUUCUUCGAGCCGACUAUGCCACCGCCGCCGACCGCCAAAUCCGCACUGGCCGCCUCCUCCGCUCACAAGUCCUUCUGGGAUCAGACGCAGACGCAAGACGAAACCCAGGACCCGAGCCAGCUUCCAUCCUCCGUCCAUCCUGGUCCACGCGACCUCACUCGCGACGAAUCAGCCAAUUCUGCACUCGGCGCCUUCUUCCAAGACACCCAACAGGAUUCGCUUCGCGGCGAGAGCCUGGACAUCUUUGACAACCCCAAAACGGCGCAUGGCAAAGCGCCCGGUUUCACGCAGUUCUUCUUCGACGGCACGCCUCCACCCUCCGCCUCGGCCAAAUGGGACGCGUCGACGAUGCCCCCACCCAAGUCGACCGAGGUGGACGCCUUUGCGGCGCUCCGCAAGGCGCAAAUGAGCGACGCGAUGGGUCUGCUCGAGCCGACACCCUCGGUGCUGCCGAGCUUCGACGAGAGUCAGGCGGAGCGCGAGGCGUAUGCGAGUGCACAGGCGAAUGCGUCGCCCGAGAAGAUGUACAUGAAUCGCGACGGAUUCUUUACGCAGACCAAGCCGAGCACGCAGGCGGGGCUGUGGUCGCAGUACGAUGACAGUCAGAGUCAGAGUCAGAGCCAGCUGAGGGGCGGUGUGACGCAGAGUCCGGCACUGCGUCGCGGCAGCGAGAUCAGCAACAUCGGUGAUCAGGGUGUGUCGAUCUUUGACGAUGAGGAGGAUGCACCGGUACAGCUCAAGCGCCUGCGUCGCGGCGCGCGGUUUGCCGACGAAGAGGUUGUGCAUCAGCCGGAGGCGAGCGAUGCGGGUAGCGACAUGGACGACGACGCCGGUCCGCCAUCGAGUCAACCCGAGCCAAAGACGCGCAACGCAUUCGACGUGCUGCGCGAAGGCCCGCUCCCCGACCCCGAGGUGCGCAGCAAGAAGCGCAAAUCCGCCUUCAUCGAGGGCGAAGCCGAAGAGUCGGAGGACGAAGAGCUGAACCCCAAACGUGGCGAUGCCGGUGGUCUGAAGGGCGUCUUUGGCGACGACGCCGACUCUUCGGGUGCCGAGGAGGAGUCGGAAGACGAUGCGGACGCGGCGGAUCUCACGGAGCUAGUGGACAACGAGCGGGAUCUGGACGAGGCCACAAAGGACGAGAUCGCCCGAGCUCGCUUCCGCGAGGACAUGGACGCGAGGGACAGGGAGGACCUCGAGAUCCAUCAGAAAGCCAUCCAGGGCGGAUACCGCAACCGGCGACGCGGGGUGGGGUUGAAUGGAAUCGAAGGGUUCCUGGACGACGAUGCGGAUGAUGAGGAGCUCAAGCGGCGUGCGACCAUGGGUGGCGGAGCAAGCUGGAAGAAGCGCAAACUGCUCGACGGCACAGAGGAUGGGAUGGACAAGCUGGCUGCGCACGAGGAGGCGCUCCCAUUCGUCCAGGGAUACGCCGCAACCCACAGGGUCGACCACGAGAGCGACAAGUACGAUUUUCUCACGAUGGAGGUCGCCGCCGAUGAUGGGGAGGAGAGCGACGAGGAAGAGGAAGAGGAGGAUGUGGUGGAGGAAGAUGCGUUUGGACCUGUCGUGGGCCAGCCCAAGACGAUGAACCGCAGCACGCUCGCUAGUAUUGUGCGGGAGCGGCGGAAGGCAGGCAAACGUGCGCUGAGCGAUGAUGAGGAGGAACGACGCGACAACGACUGGGAUUCGGACGAGGAUCGUGAUGAGGCGCUCACCGCCGCUAUGCGGGAUCGCACCAAGGCAUCUGCCCCUUCUCAGCCGGUACCUUCCAAAAGGGUCCAACAAGGCGCGCAGUACGGUCGCAACUCCCGCCCCGCCCCUGCGCCACAAGUCACCGACGAGCCGAUGGAGGACGACCCCGACGACGAAGGAACCUCCCUCAUGGCUCGCAUGCUCGCCCGUCCCACCGCGUCCAAAACGGUCGAGACGCUGGACGACGUCGAACCGGAAUGGGGCAACGACGCGGGCAUCGUACGUGCUCCCAAACCUGCUGCCUCUGGCACCUCCCAGUCUUCUUCCUUGGGCAAAUCAAUAAGCACAGGCAUGAAGACAGGCGGCGAGAAGAGGAGGAUGGGCUCCAUGCUCCUCAGCAAGCAGAUUAUGAGGAGGGAGAGCGGGUUUAGUUCGAGUAGCGGGAGUAAACGUUGA